AUGGUGAAGUAAUCCAAGCAUGAAGACACCCAAAUAAUUAAAUAAUAGCGUAUAUUGGUACUUUUUCAGAGUGACAUAAAUAAUUGUAAAGAAAUUCACAGAAGAAUACAAGCUACUACACCUUACACCCAAAGAUCAGGAUAAUAUGUUGUUUCAAAACUUAAGAAAGGAAUCUCACUUUUAAUAAAAGAUCUCAUAAAUGAAGUUCUGGACUCAACAAUAUGA